UGAUUCCAGUCAGAUUCACCUAAAAUGUGCACUUUUAGAGGCCAUCUCUCCUUUGAAAUGUGCAGGUUUUGAAAGGAGUGUCAGUGGGUUUUUUUUUUUUUUUUUUGGCCAUCAUGGCAGAAACUCCGUGAAAGUUAUUGAAGGCCAUCAGUUAUAUGAGCCACACACCGGACUGUAAACACCAACACACGAUAGAAGAUAAAAAUGAGCUCCGUCUGAAGUCAUUUAUUAUGUCGUGAUUAUUAUUUGUGGCAGUGCAAUGACUUUUAUAGCAGCAGUGCAGUAUAGCUAGUCUGUGUGCAUUGGUUAAUCCCUGACUGUGCGAUAACAGGGCAUUGCAUUAUCAGCAAUGGCCAAGCAUGCGGUGCUGUCCUCUGGGGCGAAGCUGUGGAGCUCGGUGGCCUGCAGCAGGUCCGAGCUGCGCCUGGAUCUCACCCUCGGCUGUGGACAGACUUUCCGCUGGAGAGAGACUGGAGAGGGCCACUGGACUGGAGUGAUGGGAGGGCGAGUUUGGACUCUGACUCAGACUGAUGACACUUUGUGGUACCACGUGUACAACAACCAAGAUGGAGAGGAGAGCAGCAUGAAGAGGGGAGCCAGUGUUUCACUCCAGGGGUCAAACAAGUCAGAAAAGAGACUUAAAGAAGAUGUGAAGGAGGAGGAAGAGCCACUGGCAGUGACCUGUGCGCAGGAGACGAAUGAGGAAAAGAUGCUGAGGGACUACUUUCAGCUGAGUGUAAAUCUGGGGGAUCUGUACAGGGAAUGGGGAGCAGCGGACCCCCACUUCAGGCACAUUGCCAACAUCUUCCCUGGUGUGCGAAUGCUGCGUCAGGACCCCACUGAAUGCCUGUUUUCCUUCAUUUGCACGUCCAACAACCAUAUCUCUCGUAUCCAGGGCAUGGUGGAGAGGCUGUGCCAGUCUCUGGGCACCCCGCUGGGCCAGCUGGAUCAAACCAGCUACUAUGACUUUCCUCAACUGUCUGCCCUUGCAGACAGCAGCGUAGAGGCGCGUCUGAGGGAUCUGGGUUUUGGAUACAGGGCUCGGUUCCUGCAGCAGAGUGCCAGGCAGAUCCUGGAUGCCCACGGGCCCCAGUGGCUUCAGGGUCUACGGAGCAUCCCAUACCUGCAAGCCCGCGAUGCUCUGCGUACUCUUCCAGGUGUAGGAACCAAGGUGGCAGACUGUGUGUGUCUGAUGUCCCUGGAUAAGGCAGAGGCCGUGCCCAUUGACACACACGUGUGGCAGAUAGCUAAACGAGACUACAAAUAUGCUGCUGGCAGCGGACAAAAGAGCAUCACAGAAAAAGUUCACCGAGAUAUUGGGGAUUUCUUCAGAGGAUUAUGGGGUCCAUAUGCUGGUUGGGCACAUUCGGUGUUGUUCUGCGCUGACCUCAAGAAGUUCCAAAAACUCAAAGAAAUGUCUCCUCUGAAGCAGUGGAAAAAGGAGGAGGAGGAAGAAGAAGUGGAAAAGAAGACUGUCAAGAAGAAGACAAAAAUGAAGAUGGAAGAAAAUGUAACUGUAAAAGAUGUAAAACCCAAAUCAGCAUGUCAGAGGAAAGCAAAGAUGUCUGUGAAGAAUGAGGGGAUGGUGUGAGCUAAAUAGACUUCUUAAUUCAUCAUCUCAGGUUAAAACACUGAAUGCCUCUAUUUUGUACAUUUCUUUUUACAAUUUUUAAGCUUGUGGUACAAUGUGGUGCUUGUUUUUGAAUAAGUGAAUAUGAAAUCUAGAUUUUUAAAUAUUUUGCUGUGACUUUGCAGCCCAAAAACAAUCUAUCAAUUUUGGUAAUGUUCCCAAAUUUGUUGACUGUACCUUAAAACUUUUUUCCAUGUAAAUGUGUUUUUUUUGUCCUCUCAGUCUUUUUUGUCUUAUGCCCAUUAUUCAUUUAACUCAAUAGUCUAUGGUAAAACUGGGCAUGUUCAUGUUUUUAUUAAAAAAAAAAAAAAAAAAAA